AUGUGCGGCAUUCAUCUCGCGAUCUGGCCUGCGUCUUCGAGCCCGCGUCCUCUCGACAGCGUGCUCAGGCGCCGGCUAUGCAGCCGCGGACCUGACCAUGUCGGCAAUGUCGAGACGCGCUUCGCCGACGCGCUCCUCUCAUUUACCUCGACGGUCCUUUCACUGCGAGGGAACGCAGUCACCAUCCAGCCUUUUGAGGACCCAUUAUCCGGCUCGGUUCUCUGCUGGAACGGUGAGGCCUGGAAGAUGGACGGCCGCGGUGUUCAGGGAAACGAUGGCGCGGAACUGUUUGCACUUCUUAACCGGCCGGACACGGACAUUCUCGACACCAUCCGCUCUAUCGAGGGUCCGUUCGCGCUCGUCUUUUUUGAUAAGCCCUCUGCCAAGCUCUUCUAUGCGCGAGACCGCCUUGGACGCCGCUCCCUUCUGGCAAGGCGCGACGGGGAUAAUGACUCGCUGUGUCUGUCAAGCGUUGCUGAAAGACUCGACCCUAACUGGGUAGAAGUCGAGGCUGACGGGAUAUACAUGCUUGAACUGAGCACGCUCUCCCCUGGCUCUGUUCCCGCCCCAGUACGGCAUCCAUGGGUUGCAACUCCAGAUCUGAGCCAAGAGAUGGCCGGAAUUGGAAUGUUCAACACCCAGAUCCUGCGUCCAGCUUCAGAUUCUCAGCCGCCGGCCUGGCCAGAAGCUGCCGCGAUCUCGGCGUUGCGAGAUCACUUGACAGAGUCGCUGCGGCUUCGCAUAUUAGGGGUUCCGGAGCCGCCCUCAUCUGGUCAGGAUAUCGACACGAGGGUCGCCGUCUUGUUCUCGGGUGGCCUGGACUGUACUGUUCUGGCAAGACUGUGUCAUGAUUUGUUGCCGGCAACACAGGGGAUUGACCUUGUCAAUGUGGCUUUCGAGAACCCCCGUAUCGCCUCUCAGGCGGACAAGUGUCAUCCACAGGAUGACCUUUACGAGGCCUGCCCGGACAGGGUUACCGGAAGAAAAUCCUUUGCGGAACUCCUUCGGGUCUGUCCAGAGCGGGCCUGGCGGUUCAUUGCUAUCAACGUCCCGUUUGCAGAGACCACCGCCCACAGGCCCGAGGUCGUCUCACUGAUAUACCCACACAACACAGAGAUGGAUUUAUCCAUCGCCUACGCGCUCUAUUUCGCAGCCCGCGGCAAAGGUAAGUGCUAUACCGCCGCGGAGGCCAGAUUGCCGAAUAGGGAUCAUUAUGCUACGCCUGCCCGCAUUUUGCUUUCAGGCCUCGGCGCCGAUGAGCUAUUCGGUGGCUAUGUUCGCCACGCGACAGCGUAUUCUCGGCGAGGAUACGAGGGUUUGGUGGAGGAGCUCAUGCUGGAUGUGGGAAGACUUGGGAAGCGCAACCUGGGCCGAGACGACAGGAUUAUGUCCAACUGGGGAAGGGAAGUCCGCUUCCCAUUUCUGGACGAGCGGCUCGUCCGAUGGGCUGUGGAAUUGCCAGUCUGGCAGAAGUGCGACUUUGGCACGGCAGAGAACUCCAGCCCUGGUGAUGGCUCCGACAUUGAGCCUGCAAAAAGGGUGCUGCGGCUGCUGGCGCUGACAUUGGGAAUGCCUGGUGUCGCGGGUGAGAAGAAGCGGGCGAUACAAUUCGGGUCGCGAACAGCCAAGAUGGAGAGCGGCAAGGUCAAGGGCACGACGCUGAUCUCAUAG